GUCAAAAAGUAUUGACGAUAUUAAUUUGACACAAGAAAAUACAUUAAUACAUAGCAAAACAAGAAAAUAAUGGCAAUAUGCGUAAAGAUGAUAUUAUAUUUUAUUCUUAUUGGAGCACUUAUCAUAAACAUUAUGUCUUACAAUCCAAUGUUAACAUACACUCUACGUUUUAAAAAAUUCUAUGUAACACCUAACUUCACUAUGGAUCAUUAUUCGUUCGAUCAACAUAGAGAUGUACAAUAUAUAAAUGGACAAUUCACAGUGAAUACGAAAGAACUUAUAAACAAAGUUGACGUAGUUUUCUAUCGUUGUGACUCAGAAAGAAUUAAUUGCGAAUACUUCCAACGUUGGUCAUUAACUGGUAUUUGUAAUAAAUUAAAGCAAAAAAAUCAAAUAUGGACCCGAUGGUACGAUUCGUUUGAUCCGCCGAUGCGUUGUCCGUUAGAUAGAGGAAAGUAUAUAAUGAAAAAUGGAACUGCUGAUGUUAGUGCGAUACUAUUGUGGUAUCCUCAAGCAACUGAUUACCAAUGGAGAGUAGAUCAAAAUAUGUAUGCUGAUGAUAUAUUUAUUGGCGGUGUCGUGGUUGAGUUUUCAUUUUUUGGUUACAGAAAAAAAAUCAAGCCUAUUUUAAAAAUCUAAUUUGUUAAUUGUUUAAGCUAUAAGUAAUUAAACAUAAACAGAUUUGUGCUAUUUAUCUAGUACUGCUAAAAUAUAAUAUUAUAUAACAUUAUAUUUUUCAAUACA